AUGGAUAGCCAAGUUUUAACCGCGGGAUGCGUCCGAGACGUCACCAGACUUGCACUGGCGAUUCUCGCGUGCUGCAUUCUAACGGUGGACGCAGAGCGAGUUCUCCUCCACCAGAUGGCAUCUAGCAACAAUGGUCUAAGACCGGGUCAAACACAACGCGGUCAGAACAUCACGCACAUACUCAAUGCCUUUUUCACGAAAGGAUAUGACAAGCGAGUACGGCCGAAUUACGGAGGCAAUCCCGUUGAAGUCGGCGUCAGUAUGCAGAUCGUCAGUAUCAGUACCGUAUCAGAAGUGCAGAUGGACUUCACAUCCGAUUUCUACUUCCGUCAAGCGUGGCGAGAUGAACGCCUGUCCUUUGUCAAAAGUAACGAUUUAGAUCAAAUGACCGUUGGAGCCGAAGUGGCCAACAAGAUCUGGGUGCCCGACACCUUCUUCGCCAACGAAAAAACCGCCUACUUCCACGUAGCCACGACACCAAAUACCUUUCUGCGAAUAAGUUCUGAAGGCGAAGUUUACAGAAGUAUCCGAUUAACUGUGACCGCCAGUUGUCCCAUGGACCUACGAUUCUUUCCUAUGGAUCGACAAUCGUGCACCAUCGAGGUUGAAAGCUUUGGUUAUACGAUGAGCGACAUCCGCUACAAGUGGAAAGAUGGGCCAAUUUCGAUUGGAAUAUCCAAAGAAGUAGAGUUACCACAAUUCAAGGUGCUCGGCCACGUUCAAAAAAUCUCCGAGGUGUCUUUAUCGACCGGCAACUACUCCCGGUUGAUAUGCGAAGUUCGUUUCGUGAGGUCUAUGGGUUAUUACUUGAUCCAGAUCUAUAUCCCAGCCUCACUGAUUGUUGUCAUAUCGUGGGUGUCCUUCUGGCUGCAUCGGAAUGCAACCCCGGCACGGGUGUCUCUGGGAGUGAUGACCGUGCUGACCAUGACUACCCUGAUGUCUAGCACCAACUCCCAACUGCCCAAAAUCUCCUACGUCAAGUCGAUCGACGUUUUCUUAGGAACAUGCUUCGUCAUGGUGUUCGCGUCCCUUCUGGAGUAUGCAGCAGUGGGCUAUCUUGGAAAACGGGUGGCGAUGCGCAAAUCACGCGCACAACAACUGGCUAAGUUGGCCGAACAAGCCCGACAGGAACGAGCGCGUCAACAAGCUGCACAAGAAGUCGCUCACAACGAGCCAAUGAUGCCUCAGAGUCCUGAAGCCAUGGCGCCUCUUGUGAAAGGCUUCCCGGGCUGCCCAACCUGCCCGACUAUGGUGCAAGGCCAACCUGGUCAUGUCCCACCCUGUUUUACGAUGACGUUGUACGACAGUCAGUUGCGCCGAAUGGGUGAGCAGUGUUGUCCUGGGAUCCGAAAUUGUACGAUUUGUUCUACGCAACAAUCACAUCAGCAAGUGCAGUCUCAAGCUCAACAACAAGGCUUACAACAGCAACAAGGCCAGCCUGGCCAGCAGCAACAUUCGCUGAAAAAGUCGGAUUCCAAGAGUUCCCGAAAAGAAUCAUCGGCUCAAACCCCCGAGGCGCAAACUGCCGCCGGAAGUCCCGCUGAGAUCGAAGCGGCCCUUGCCGGCAAGAACCCCAACAAACUAUUCGGGGUCAAUCCGUCGAACAUCGAUAAGUACUCUCGAGUCGUUUUCCCAGUGUGCUUCGUCUGCUUCAAUCUUACCUACUGGGUAAUUUAUCUGAAGAUCUCAGACGUUCAGUACGAAGAACCGACGAUCCUCCACUGAGUCGAUCGUCGGCGAUGUACGGCACACAUAACACACAACAAACAACAACAACCACCGCCUUCACACAACAUUUUCGAACUGAUUG